AUAUUUGCAAUUCAAAAAAAUAAAAGCAAAAUGGAUGAAUAUGGAUUAGGUAUUGGACUAAAUACAGCAUUUCUUAGGAAACGUUAAAUUAAAAUUUGAUAAAGUUUGAUGUAGUAUCACUCAUGGCUAAUACAGGUUAAGAAAUUAAAAGUUUUACAUUCAAUUGGAACAUUGAUUCAAAUCAUAUAACUUAAGCGGAAGUCGAGUUACAUGUGUUUUCUUUUUAGAGGCGCCAAUUUUACGAGAGUUUGUUGUCCACCAAAAAAAAAAUAGUUUUGUGAUUUCACAAAAUUAAGAAGAAAAAAAAAACAAUUAACCAUAUAUAGAAUUGUUGUUUUAUCUGUUUUGGAUAAAAAAUCAGGUAAGCAGAGAGAAACUAUGCCGGCAUGUAAUACACGGGUCUUGUUUAUAUUUUCCAUACUGGUAGCAUGUAUUAUAAUUCUGAACAUAAAGUCGGAACUAAGUCAUACCAUCGGAUUCAUGGAUCCACUUUUCAAAGUGAAUGUAUUUGCGAAAAAUAAUGCAGGUGAAAUAUUAAACAAAACAUCAAGCGACAGGGGAAUAUCAGAUAUAAGGCAUGGUAAAGAAUGGAAAAGGAAUUUAACGCAAAAGAAGUUUGUGAUUGCGCUUUACAGACCUUAUCAUGGUAUGUUAAAGGAUCAUCUUACAAAUUUAAACUUAUCCAAAUGUUUCCAUUAUCAAAACUGUGAAGCUGUGUAUAUUAGAGAAACAACAGAAACGUUUAUAGAGGCAGACGCUGUCUUGAUACAAGGUGGCCAAUAUCCCAAACGAAAUACCCCAGCACAGAGAUGAUGAUCAAAUGUUUGUUUUUGUUUCAAUAGAAUCUCCGGUUUAUCUAAAUUACACAAACGUUACAAGCGAAAUAUAUCUUAAUUAUUUUAACUACACUAUGACCUAUAGGACAGACUCUGAUAUUCAGUAUCUCUACGGUUCUGUAAUUUCUAAUGAUACGGCCGAAGAGAAAGGAUUCAAGGACAUGGAAAAUGAAAAUAAUUUUAAAAGACAGUUCAGUGCGACUGAUGCAAAGUUUGAAAAGAACGGUUAUACUGGAGACAUUUAUAAAAACUAUAGUGAAAUAUUCCGGGAGAAAACAGAAUCUCUUCUUUGGAUGGUAAGUCAUUGUCAAACUCAAAGUAAGCGUGAGUCUUAUAUCGAAGAACUGGCAAAAUUUACCAAUGUAACAAACAUUGGUAGGUGUAAUGCAAACAAAUCUUCAUCAUGUUCGAAUAAGUUAAAUUGCGAGAUUGAUUUGGCAAAAAAGUUCAAGUUUUACUUAGCUUUUGAAAACUCAUUGUGCAUUGACUACAUAACUGAGAAGGCAUUUAAGUGGUAUUCCAGGGAUCUCAUCAUAGUGGUAAGAGGUGCCAGGGAUUAUCAGAAGUUCCUCCCUAAAGGAACUUUUAUAGAUACAAAUUAUUUUACAUCGCCUAAAUCACUUGCUCGAUAUUUGAAUAAACUUGGAUCGGACGAGCAAAGAUAUACAGACAUUCUGAAGCUUAAAGAUCAUUUUAAAGUUAUCGGAGAACAAGAACAUGCCAAGAUAGCGUAUUGCAACUUAUGCUUUAAGUUAAAUAAUCUCAGACAAUUUCGGAAAUCUAUCAAAGAUGUUGGCGCUUGGUGGUUAGAAAACGCAUGUGUAAUAAGUAAUGAUACAGGGUAAACAUAGUUCGAAAUCAAUUACUAAAGUUGAUGAAAAACAAACCGUAACAUUAUGUAUAAUAUAUACAGGUGAAAAAUAAUUUUGUAUAAAAUUUAGGAUCGCUAGCUCAAUUGGUCUGUAGAAAUCCAACAUAAUGAAAAAUACUCAUUUGUAUUAUGUUUUAAAGCUAUUUACGGGUAUAAACAUGUGUACUAGUUUUGUGAAAUAGAUCUGAGUUAAUUCAUUACGUGUAGCGUGCAUAUGAUACCUAUAGCCAAUGUAUUUUUACUUAUUGUUUGCGAAAUUAUGUGAAUGUGCGGGUAUAUGAUUUUACGACUGACAUUUUAAAAGUAAAACCAUAACGUUAUUUAUGUUCACUGUUUUAUAUCAUUCGUGUAUUUCAAUGCUCCAACAUGGUACAAUUUAAUAUUUCAGUCACUUGUCCGGCUUGAUAUUGAAAAGGUUGUAAUGUAUUCCCUCAAAGAAGGGCAUUCUUUGCAAUCAUAUGUCAUUCAAAACAACAAAUGAAAGCGAUUUUCAUUAGAAAUAUUGCAAACAGAUAUCCAAUCACGUGACUACAGUACACCUGCAAAUCUUAGUUGCGUUG